AUGGGGAACUGUUUUAGUAGACCCGGAGAAAAGGAUUCUAAAACAAAAAAUGAAAGGGUUAAUCCUCAUGAAGAAGACCCUAGACAGUUUCAGACUCCUGUUCCUACACCACCUCCAGAUCCAAUAAGAUCUACAGUUAAUCAAGGCCCAGAUACGAGUGAGGUCCCUCCCACCCGAAUAUUUGUUGCCCUAUAUGACUACGAUGCAAGAACCGAUGAGGACCUUAGUUUUAGGAAAGGAGAACAUUUGGAGAUACUCAAUGAUACACAGGGUGACUGGUGGCUAGCUAGAAGUAAGAAGACAAAACAAGAAGGCUACAUUCCAUCGAAUUAUGUCGCUCGCUUGCAAUCUAUAGAGGCCGAACCGUAA